CCUUCAACAACGCGGAAGUUAAGCUCUCACAUGUUUCUGUGUACAUUCACCGGUUGCUAAGCGCAGCAAUCACUUUCUGGACCGUUGCAGCCAAUAUUAUUGGUGCCAGUAGACUCCUAAACAAAAUACAAGAAGAUGAAGGUGGUUGCUUUAAUAAGUGGGGGCAAAGACAGCUGCUACAACAUGAUGCAGUGUGUUGCUGCUGGCCACCGGAUCGUAGCUCUGGCCAACCUGCGCCCUGCUCACACAGAUGAGUUGGACAGCUACAUGUACCAGACGGUUGGCCACCAGGCUAUAGAGCUGUAUGCUGACGCCAUGGAGUUGCCUCUGUACAGACGCACCAUCCAGGGUUCCAGCCUUGACACCAGCAGAAACUACAGUGAGACAGAAGGGGACGAGGUGGAGGAUCUGUAUCAGCUGCUGCACCUUGUCAAAGAAAAGGAGGGUGUCGAAGCAGUGUCUGUAGGGGCCAUUCUGUCCGAUUACCAGAGGGUCCGUGUGGAAAAUGUAUGUUUGCGGCUUGGUUUGCAGCCCUUGGCCUACCUGUGGCGCCGAGACCAAGAGUCCCUGCUGUCGGAGAUGAUAUCAUCUGACCUCCGUGCUAUCCUCAUCAAAGUCGCCGCCUUCGGCCUGGAUCCAGAGAAGCACUUAGGAAAACCUCUGGCUGACAUGGAGCCCUAUCUGAAACAGCUCUCCCAGAAGUAUGGAGUCCACAUUUGUGGAGAAGGAGGUGAAUAUGAAACGUUCACCCUCGACUGUCCUCUCUUCAAGAAGAAGAUAGUUAUCGAUGCAGCAGAGACAGUGAUCCACUCAGCAGAUGCCUUUGCUCCAGUUGGCUACCUGCGCUUCACCAAAAUGCACACAGAGAACAAAGACAGCGAUGUGGUGGCGAGAGCUUUGCCCCAUGGUAGUUGUCCUUGCCAGAACGCCAUUGACAAGAUGACUGAGGAGGUGGAAUAUGCUGAUCAAGCUGAAGACAACCAGCACAAAUUUACAUCAAAUUGUGACCUUAGUUGUCAGCAGGGCCACGACUUCUCCCCAUCCUGCUCAUCAAGAAGCUCCAGAGGCUAUCAGUGGAUCUCUGGCAUCAAUGGCCUUAAGAGCAAAGACACCGGGAUCCAGGGCCAGACAUCUGGGGCUUUCAUCCAGCUGCAAAGAGAGUUGGACAGCAGAGCGUGGAAAAUGAAGAACAUUAUCCUGGUUCACCUGUGUGUGAGGAAUAUGGAAGACUUUGUUCCACUCAAUGAAGUCUAUAAGAAACACUUUGGCACAAACCCUCCAGCCAGAGUGUGUGUCCAGGCACCUCUACCUGCCGGUCAGCUGCUGCAGAUGGACUGUCUGCUCCAUGACUGGACUGAGCCCCUGGAGGAGGGCUGCUUCCACCAGAGAGAAGCCCUGCAUGUCCAGAGCUUGUCCCACUGGGCCCCAGCCAACAUCGGCCCCUACAGCCAAGCCCUCAGGGUAGAUGAGGUGGUGUUCUGUGCAGGUCAAAUUGCUUUAGUUCCCUGCACCAUGCAAUUGGUAAAAGCCGGCACCUACGCUCAGGCCCACUUGAGCUGCAGUCACGUGAAGAAGGUUCUGGAGGCUGUGAUCAGCAGCUUGACUCUGGCUCAUAUUGUCCAGGUCCACUGCUACACCACCCAACACCAACACAUCCAGAUCAUCAGGGCCAUCUGGGAGAGCCUGCUGAGGGCCACAGAGGAAGAGAAGGUCAGCCACUGUGGAGAGUUGCAGUGGGAAUCUGAGAUGAUCCAACUUGCACCAUUACUGGUGGUUGUGGUACCUGCUUUACCCAAGGGUGCAGAUGUCGAGCUUCACGUCACUGCAGUUCAGGAUGAUCCCACCGAAAGAACUUCCUGUCACACGACUACAAAGGUGGAGUGUGGAUCCAUAGAGUGCUACACUGUACUGUCUUCUGACCACCGUAGUGCUUCACUGUCACUCUCCUUGGCUGUCCGUGAUGAAAACCUGGAAGUCACUGAUGUAAAGAGUGUAACAGAAGAAGUUGGCACUACAUUCAAGAGAGCCUUGAAGAAGAUGGAUGCUGAGCUGGUGCCGCAGUGUGCUCGGGUCUUCUACAAGUGCAGCCACUCACUGGCACAGCAGAUUGUUAAAGGACUUGAAGAAAGUUUCCGAAGUGCUCUUGCAGAAUCCAGUCCAUCCGUGGCCCUGGUUCCAGUCCUGGACUUGCCUGACUCCCAGAUCCUCCACCUGUCCUGCUGGCUCAGUUUAUAGAAACACAGCCAGAGUCAACAACCAGACUCCAGCCAUCCACAGCACUGGAAUUCAGUGGGGCUUUUCUGGAGGAACGACUCUUGACAGCCCAACACCUAAUGACUUACAACAGGGCAUUGGUGAAUGUGGAAAAGGAAAACUGCAUAACUACUCAUUAAUGCUGACUGUUUGGUGCAGCUGAUUGUUGAAAUGCAAAGCUGUAUGUGUCUCCAAGUGGUUUUGAUGGUGUGUGGUUUUGAGGAUGUGUUUAUUCCACUUCAAACCUCUGAACUUAGGAGGGUAAUCCACUCUGUCCUCCACUGGAGUUGCAGACUGCAACAGCUGUUACUCUACCUCGCACAAGUCUUAUGGAACUUAUAUCACCUAAAGCUACAUACCAGAAGACUAGAGACCUAGUCUACAAAAGGAGACACCAGCAGUGUCUCAUUCCACGAGGCGAUAAACUGUAUCCCCUGAUAUCCCACCGUUUCUGGUGGAAUUUCUCUUAGCACGCUAGCUAAGACCCCUCAUAAAGGCCUAGCACCACUGCCGACACCAUCUGUUCAGUUGUAAACCUAUAGAUUUACUGUGUGACUGGUUUGUGGCUGAUGUGUUAGGAUGAGGUGAGUGUGUUUCUCUCGCUCAUGCUCCACGGGACUCAAGGUAUGUUAUUAUUGUGUAAUGGGCAGUCAGCACCAAGUACCUGAAAAGAUUAGGCCUCUUUAUAUUUUCUAUUGAUUCUAAGGCAGCCUGGUUAAUAGGAGAAGGACGCUACCACACACAGCUGCAGGGCAAGUGAGUGUUCUGCGAGUGUGUGUGUGUGUGUUGGUGGGUUGUCAGAGGACACAGUGUGGCAAUGUGGGAAGAAAAUAACACUAUUAACCAUUGCUCCUGGAACAUUUCUUUUCUCAAAGAUCAUGAACCGUAUUGAUAAUCUGAGUUGGAAUGCAUCUUCACUCCGGCUAUUCUCUUCAUCACGAUUGUGAUGGCGGCAGGAGUGGAGUGGGGCUAUUGAUCUUCACCCACCACAGCGCUGCUUUGAUUAUUGUUAUCAAAAAUUGAACAAUAGAGUCGGCCAAUGGAGCCUGAAGAUUUUUAUUGAGGGUUGAAAAACACAAACAAGCAAUUAUUUAUGAGAGCGAGCAAGCCAAUGCCCCAUAACUAUUCAGUGUGUGUUAAUGUUCCCCUAUUUUGUUUUGAAGGGCCCCACCAGGGGGAGUUUUGGAAAUUUUGAAUGGCACAGCUAUUAAAUCAGUAGGAAGAUUUGGAUGUUUCUUAUUAGGCGUUUUCAUGCACUUUUACAUGUAAGUCAAGAAAAUACCCAUAAAUUUGAUUGUAUUUAAAUAAAUGUAGCUGUUUAACACCCACAGAUUUGGCAACAACACACAAAGUCAAGAGGGAGUGUUUACUUUGUCAAUUUUCUUAGUUUUUAAAAUAACUAAAUGUGUGUAACUGUCUGCAUGUCAUGCAGUAUGUUGCCAAAAAAGACUGUGCUGAGCAAAUAAGUGUGUCUUCUUUUUUACUGGUUUACAAAAAAUAUUAAGAAGUGGUUUUGUUCAGACUAAGUUAUGAAAAUUAAGAAACAACACGUCGGCCAAGAAAAAUCGAUAACGAUUACACUAAAACAUAGAAAAGCAGCAUGCUAAUCAUAGAAAAAAAUCUGCCCCCAAAGAGUUAUAUUGUGCACAAAAUAUUUUUGAACCCUUCAACUGAUGACAAAUUCAUGACCACAGAGUUAAGCCACACUCCAGUCGGGUGUUGAUUUAAAGGACAAUGAUCAAAUAGCGUGACAAGGGUGCAGAUACUCCUUUGAGCAGUGACCAUAAAAUGCUGCCUUAACAUGCAGCUUUAUUUUUGUAACUCAAUGCCACAGAUCACAAUAGACAGACAAGAACAGGGCAUUGACAUGCUGGAUGCUACAUGGCUGUUAGGGCUGUAGCCAGGUGCUUGAAUGUCCACAACUCUAGAAAUAAUUUGAGAAAACAUGGUACGACAGUUUGCCACACGAUGCUCUGCAUGGACGUGUCUGACAAUGUAAUCCUGUUCACCAAAAUGUCCACCAACCUUACCAAGUCCUUUAGGUGUGAUUGUGAUUUCUGGUCUGUCACUUCCAUCUCAAUCUGCCCAUUAUCAUUUCCAGUAUAGUGUGUACUUGGUUGUUCCAUGAUGGUCGUUCUGUUGUUGAGAUGUUGCGUGUUGGAACAACAAAUAUUUUAAAAAGAAUGAAUGAAAUUUGGUUAAAUUUUUCAUGCUGUGUUUAUGUUAUUUUAUAUUAGCAGUAGACGUAACUUAAUUAAAUCUCCCCCCCAGCAAAUGUUACUGAGUUUUGAAUCUAUCCAGCUUUUCCUGAAAGUACAAAAACAAUACGAGGAAUUGUCAUGUAACGCAACAAUAAAAUACAAGACCCAGCUUUUCAGUAAACACAGAGGAGCACAACCACUAGAAUUCAUUGCACAGCAACCACUUGUCGAUCACACGCCAAACAUUACAUUUUGUCUUUCAGCGGGAAUGUUUUCAUACAGACACAGGCAAAGCCAAAAGUAUAUCUUCGCAACCUCAUCAUAAGCAAUGUGAUGGCCUAUGGCAGACACAUUUCUUUGUGUCCUGACCACCGUGCUUCCUCACAAAAUGAAUAAAGACAGGGUGACAUUUAUUUUUCUCAUGUGUUUUGUCAACUGUACAUUUUCUACCAAGCUGACCUGCAACCACUCUGCAAACAAACUGGCUGUUGUGGCUAAUAUUGUCCUUUGUGCGCAGUGUACCAGCCCGCGGCCCUUGUCAUUGUGGCCUUGCACAUGGACUUUAACUGUGCGUUUCUUCCUCCAGGCAAACCCGGCUGAUGUGUGUGACUCUCUUUCCCCAUAGCAGUGAGCUACAGUAGGGGAGCCCAGCUCAGAAGCAGCCUCUCCGCAUGAAACGCCUCCUCACAUUGUGGUCUGCUUGCCUCAGUGACUGUGGUUUUGUUUGUUUUCAUGUUUGAAUCCUUCUUCUUUCGUGAUGUAUUGUUUUCUCCCCCUGACGUAUUGUGAAAACAUGUCUUUAUGGUCACAGCACUGACUUCAUGGAACUUUCUCUGUCCGUGCAACUGUCAAGCCCACACAUGCUAUUGAGUGGUGUCUGCUUCCCUCUUGUGGUCAAUAGAAAUAGUGCAAUUUAAGCAUGUGGGUACAGUAUUUACAAUCAUAUCCUGAGUGAAACUUUGUGUAAAUGACUCCAAAUGACAUUAGGAAUAGAAUUGUAUAUCCCUUACCUACCCCUUCUCUAGAAAUAUUUGCUUUCAUGCUUCACAUUCUCUGAAAAGACACUAAAACAUUUCUGAAUAUCACACAGACAACACUUUAUUCUUUUCACUAUUUUAAUUAUUGGAGGUUUUGUGGUUUUUUUGUGUUUUGUGAUUUGAUGAUCAACCCAUGUGACAUUUUACUUUUACAUUAUAACAAAGGCAGUUAAAUUCUUACAUACAUUUUGAUUAUAUUGCAUUUUCAUUUC